AUGGAAACAUAUAAUCUUAAUAAAGAGAUACGCCGCAUUUUACAAGACUCAUCCAAGAUACGAGACUAUAAUGCUAAGUUGAGAAAUAAAUACAUAAAGAUCAAUGAUGAGGCCAGACGGUUGAAGGAAGUGAAAUCGCUUCAAUCUGUGAUUAAUUCAUUACCUCCAGGAUACUUUGAUAAGAAUAAUCGGCCAGAUGGUCCCGAGAGGACAGAUUCAUAUGUAAAAAGUGGUGGCAAAAAAAAUAAUGAGCCAGAGAGCUCUAGCGCUUCUUCAGAACAAAUCAUACCUGCUACUAUUUCUAAAGAAAAGAUUUCAUUAGGUGGUGUGAAGAACUCUAUCGAUAUAGACAAAUUACUAACAUUG